AAGAAUUGGCAGGGGUGGAAAGGCCGCGACUCAGACUCAUACCACUUACAAAUCUACAAGCGUUAGGUCGACAACUUCACAGGAACUCUACAAGAGUAUUCUCUAAAUUAUUUCUAUAAAAGCACCGACAAUCCCCAUUCAUAUCAUGGCAUCCAUACACCCCAAUUCCCUAUCAACCAAAUUCUAUUUCUUAUGCAAUGUCCUUUUCACGGAGAUCGGUCUUGAUCACUGGCUGCUCCACCGGAGGCAUCGGUGCGGCAUUGGCUGAAGUUUUCCAGGAAAAGGGUUACCACGUUUUUGCAACUGCACGGAAUCCGUCGAAAAUCCCACCUACUCUCUCUCGUUCGGCAAAUGUUACGGUUCUGACUCUCGACGUACUAUCGUCAGAGUCGAUUGCUGCUGCUGUUGAAGGUGUGAAAAAGGAGACUGGCGGCACACUUGAUAUCCUUAUCAAUAACAGCGGCGGGAUUAUUCUUCUACCAGCUCUAGAUACAUCUAUGGAAGAUGGCAAAAGAUUAUUCGACUUCAAUUUCUGGGCGCCGUUCGCUAUGCUCCAAGCCUUCGCUCCUCUCCUAAUCGAGGCCAAAGGAUGCGUUGUGAAUAACUCGUCUGCUAGUGCAUAUUCUCCUAUGGCGCUUACGAGCGUCUAUAAUAGUUCGAAAGCUGCUCUUGCCAUGGCCAGCGAGACGUGGCGUCAUGAACUCCAGCCCCUUGGAGUUCGGACCGUUACUCUCAUUACCUGUGCCGUCAAGACCGGGUCCUUUGCUAAAUACCAGAGAGACGAAGUACCUGCGUCUUCGAAGUAUUACGGCAUCCGGGACUUCAUCUAUGGUUUUAGCGACGGCUGGCUUCAAGCCGGUGCUAUUAGCUCGAGGCAGUACGCAACCAAGGUUGUUAGAGAGAUCGAGAACGGCUCCACUGGGAUAGUUUGGGCCGGUACCCACGCACUCUUGCUUCGGCUAUUAUGUUGGUUAUUACCCAAGCCGCUUUUUGAUAUGGUGGUAGAGAGCGUCGUGCCUAUUUCUAGCGAGAUGGCCAAAGCUGAGCGGAAGAAAAUCUGAUAAACUGUAUACAUGAAAAUGGGUACUUAACCCUUUAAUAGGGAGGAGCAACGGCUUGUGUAUGCCAAUUGCAAUAUUUCUAUUCUCGCUCUAAUAGUUACCUUAGGUGCCUAGACCUAUACAACAAGCAUGUACGUAAACUUCUUGUUCCACAAUGAUCUCUAAGCUUGCUACCUAUAGUUUAGAGAUCGUUAUAUAUAAUAGCUUAGUUGAUCAUGUAAUUAAUACAAUGAGCUAAGUUACUGAGGCUAGCUAAAAAGGAUCAAGGCAGAGUUGGCUAAAGAACGGUGUCAUCGUCAGAAAGCA